AUGAAAGAAUCUGAGGUUGUAUGUAUUGACAAUAGCCUUUUGAAGAAAUAUAUUGUUACUGGAACUAAAGAAGGCUGUAUGGGCAACAAUAGUCCAAAACUUCGAAAACUGUGUGCAAUUCUGUUGAAAAAGAAAUUUACAAAUAAAAAUACACUGGCAGAUCUUGAUGUUCCUUCCUUGUUUUCUGGAAUCUCCUUCUUUAAUUUCUGUAUUGGAUUAAAUCAGCCCACUGAUUUUCCUGUAAAUCUCAUGAAUGAUCUACUUUCACUUACAUUAACACUUCUUUGUGACAUUUUAAGUGAACGCGAGGAUCAAAGUAUUUCAUACUCGUCUGGUAAAGACAAGUUUAAAAAUGAAACAGUUAAAAAUCAGCUAAUAAUUCUGUUAACAGACCUGAUGCUGAAUCUUCUUGUUUAUCUGAACUGUGAUACUUCUUUCAAUGACCAAUGUACAAUAAAGAUAUUAGUAGAUUUACUCAACUAUCCUGAUGCACAUGUAGUUCAACGUUCAUUAUGCUGUCUGAUUUAUUUAAGUCAAAAGAAAAGUUCUCGUACACAUCUAACUAAAAUGUUCAACAGUAAUCUGAUAAUAAAAUUAUUAUCUAAUGAAGAUGAAAUACAAAAACGAUUAGUAGUUUGCCUAAUCUAUACAUUGAUUGUGGAAGAUGAAUACUUCAAAAAUCUGUCUACUAAUCAGCUUGUACUGGCGAAAUUUUUAUCAUUGAUUUCUAAUGAAACAAAUGUUGUAAUGCAAAACCAAUUCAUGAAAAAUCAAAUGAAUUCUGAAGAUACUUUUAAAUUCAUUGAAGUGGACAACUAUUUCAUGUUUCUUUGGACGAUUGAAAAGAAUGCAAUGAUUGAAAAUUUGGCACCACUUCAAACCUACAUUAUUUUAUGUUUAGAAAAAUUAAUACAAGUAAUAAAAUGUCAAAAAAUUUUACGUAAUCAUAAUGGUAUUACAGUUUUACUGAAAUGCUUAAAUAAUGAUUCACAAAUACGGCCAAAGCAUAACAACAAUAAUAAUAGUAAUAAUAACAAUACAAUAUAUCUGGGACUCACUUCUUUGACUGAUAUUUCACCUUCAUUGAAGGCUUUACAACUAUCAGGAAAUUGUACCAAUGAAAAUGAAUUGGUGUACACUUUAGAUCGACAUACCAUCCAGUGCAAUGCAUCUAUAUGUGCAAUUUUAGCCGAAUUAGCAUUGAAUGAUUUCUAUGCUGAGAUUAUUGCACGUGAAAAUGGAAUAUAUUUAAUUGGAUCACAGUUGUUAAUUCGUGAGGAUAUUGAUUCUCAUAACAGAGAAUCAAGUAAGAUUAAGCCAGGGUUAGAAGUGACUUCAGAACUUGCAAAUCAACUUGGUCCUACUAAGCUGAAACUUGAUUUUCUGAACAUUAAUCUAGUGAAUAUUCGUCAUCUUUACGCUAAUGCAUUUUGUGCACUACGAAGACUUUUCAUGUCUGAACAUAAUCGGCGUUUAAUUAAAUCAUUCCUACCAUCAUUAUUAUUAUCUGAACUAGUAGAAAUUGAUAUAACAUCAACAUGUAUGGCGAAUUAUAAAACAUUACUUAGAGUCUUUGAAUCGCUCAACGAUGAAGAACGAAAUGAAUUAAAAAGAGGCAUUCUAUCGUGUGAUAUACAUCAGACGCCUACUCACAGUAUACGUGAAUAUUCUAUCACAGAAUUACUUGGAACUGGUGCAUAUGGUAAAGUUUUUAAAGCUACUAAAGAAAAUGUUUCGUCAGUUAGUUAUGCAGUUAAAGAGGUUAGUACAUCUCAGGUAUUCUUUGGAAAGAAUUUCGAUGAAAGACAAAAGUGUAUCAAUCGUAUAUUGAAUGAAGUCAAUAUUAUACGUCAGCAAUUAAGACAUCCGAAUAUUGUUCGUUAUUACAAAACAUUUUUACACUGUGAUCACUUGUAUAUUGUAAUGGAAUUAUUGGAAGGUGUAUCAUUAACUGAACUACUGUUGUCUAUGAAAGAGAAGAACACCUAUUUCAUUGAAUCACGUGUAUGGGAUAUAUUUAUUCAACUGAUAUUGGGAAUACGCUAUUUACAUAAAGAAAAGAAAAUAUUACAUAGAGAUUUAUCCUCGAAUAAUAUAAUGAUUAGUGAAGGCGAUAAGGCUACUAUAACAGAUUUCGGUUUGGCGUAUCACAAAAAUUUCGGCUCAUGUGAAACAAAAUCCACUGUUGGUACAUUGGUUUAUGCUUGCCCUGAAAUAGUUCAAAAUUUACCUUACGAUGAAGGUGCAGAUAUUUGGGCUUUAGGUUGUAUUCUCUAUCAAAUGUGUACAUUCAUAUCACCAUUUCAAGGCGAGUGUAUUCUAAGCACUGCAUCACGUAUUGUUAAAGGUGAAUAUGACUCAGUGAAAGUUAAAUGUUCAAAUCGAUAUUCUAAUUUGAUAGACGAAGUUAUUCGAGCAUGUCUUAAUCCUGAUCCCAGAAAAAGACCUGAUAUUAUUGGUGUUGGUGCUUACCUGACUGACAAUAUUUUGUCCCAUCUGGAUGCUUCACAUCUGAAGUGUUUAAAACUUAGAGGAAGAUUGAAGGAAUUUCAGAAUACAUUCAUGUGUAACCUUUGCAGUUCUUCAAAUACUUCGCAACAAAAUCUAAUUAAGUUAGAUAAAAAUGAAACUGAAAUUAAUUCUGAUAAUUUGAGCAACGAUGCAAAGGUGACUUCGAAUCCUGAAAACAAAUCAGCCAAACAGAGUGCAAUAAUUACUCCUACAGUUAUAGUAAAUCAAAAGAAUUUGCGUCAAAUUAAUGAUCCAAUGCUUGGUAUGGUUUCAGUUAUGCACAAGUUAGGAUAUCUCACUCAAGAAUUACCAUUAAAUGUCAACUCCAAGUAUCAAAUUGUGCAAUAUAUAGUACAAAGCUAUAAAUGUCGACUAUUCGCCUCUGGUGUUGAACCGAUUUCAAUGAAAACGGAGCUAUUCAAACUUGCAUCGUAUAGUAGUGAAUGUGUAAAUGAAGGUUUUUUGGAGACAAAUAUUUACACACUUAUAAAAGAAUUUAAUAAUCGAGGAAGUGAUUCGUUACUCAGUAUUCUUGAAGAAUAUUUACCAGAUACGGCAACUAUAUGGAAGGGAACUAAUCAAAUCAAUUAUGCUAUUUUAAUGCAUUUAAUUGACUUACUAUUGAAAGAACUUACAACAUAUUUUCAGAGAUAA